AUGUUGCGGCGCUGCUCUAAGCACUUACAGACCAUAUACCGGAGACAAGGGCAAAGUGUCCGGUUCAGGUCUUCAGAGGUGCCCAAGAUCUGUGGCGUGGUGUCUCCCGGGACCCGACUCCUCAAACCCAGGGUUCUGGCUGCCCACAAUCAGGUCGCCACCAUCCACUUCACGAACCCACUCCUAGCUGAACAGGACGUGGUUACACCAGCCUUCCCUGACUCUGUAUCAGAAGGAGAUGUGAAAUUGGACAAGAAAGUUGGCGAUGCUGUCGCAGCAGAUGAGGUGGUUUUGGAAAUUGAAACUGACAAAACAGCUAUUCCAGUCAUGGCGCCAGAUAAUGGUAUAAUUAAGGAACUUUACGUCAAAGAUGGUGACACAGUAAAAGCAGGUCAAAAGCUGUUCAAACUAGAAAUAACUAGUGGUGCACCCAAAAAGGAGGCAGCUGCAGCUCCAGAGAAAAAGGUGGAUACACCCCCACCACCACCGCCAUCUGCAGCUGCUCCUCCGCCUCCUCCUCCAGCUGCUGCUGCCCCUCCACCACCCCCACCUCCUCAAGCGCCUAAAGCAUCCCCCAAACCUGCAACCCCACCACCCGCUGCCCCCGUCUCCUCAAUCCCAGUCGCCGCCAUCCGUCACGCUCAAGCAAUCGAAACUGCCUCAGUAAAAGUUCCUCCAGCAGACUAUAGCAAAGAGAUCGUAGGAACUCGCAGCGAACAACGCGUCAAAAUGAACCGCAUGCGUCUACGUAUCGCCGAACGGUUGAAGGAAGCGCAAAACACAAACGCCUUACUAACAACCUUCAACGAAAUAGAUAUGUCUCAUAUUAUGGCGUUCAGAAAGAAAUAUUUGGACGCGUUCACCAAGAAAUUUGGCGUCAAAUUAGGCUUAAUGUCCCCAUUUGUGAAAGCAGCCGCCAACGCUUUAAUGGACCAACCAGUCGUAAACGCUGUUAUUGAUGGCAACGAGAUAAUAUACCGUGAUUAUGUGGACAUAUCUGUUGCAGUGGCAACACCAAAAGGCCUGGUAGUACCAGUCGUUAGGAACGUACAGUCCAUGUCUUACGCAGACAUAGAACUGACUAUCGCUGGUUUGGCAGAAAAAGCUAGAAUGGGCAGACUGACGAUUGAAGAAAUGGACGGUGGUACAUUCACAAUUAGUAACGGGGGAGUGUUUGGAUCUCUUUUGGGGACGCCUAUCGUAAACCCUCCGCAAUCGGGAAUUUUAGGGAUGCACGGGAUCUUUGAAAGACCUAUCGCUUUGAAUGGACAAGUGGUGAUCAGACCAAUGAUGUAUGUAGCGCUGACAUACGACCACAGGUUGAUAGAUGGCCGUGAAGCUGUCUUGUUUUUGAGGAAGAUCAAGGAGGGUGUGGAGGACCCUGCCACCAUCGUCGCUGGCAUG